UGACAGGCGAAUUAAAAAGCAAUUGUUGAUGGAAUUUGAGAAGAACAAUGGCAACUGUUGAAGAUGAAAAUAUUAAAAAGUUACAAAAUUAUAUACUCUCUCCAGAGUUAUCAAUACACGACCCAUUACCAGAUAUAAUACCACGUAAAUACAAUGAAAUGCGUUUGUUGAAUUUACCGCGAGGGCCGGCAAGCACAAAAUUGGUACCUAAACGAGACUUGAUUACCGGCCAAAUUACCGCCUUCAUUGAAGUGGACCUUGAAGAUGUGGGGGCAAAUGCAAACAAUUCAACGUCUAUGAAACGUGAACCGGGUUUGUUGGAUGAGGUGACCAGAGGUUCCGCCAUGAAUUAUCCAUUUUGGCCGGGAGGUUUAGAUGAGCCGGCCAAGGAAAUAAAACGUUUGGAAAUGCAGGGUUUUGAAAUUGAGGGACCGUUACUUACUAUUCCGCCGGGUUUUAAGACUGGCUAUGAUUUUAAGGAUAAUAUGAAGUACAAAGAAGAUAUUUACUCACCAAAAACUGAGGAAAAUGUAAAUUUGCUUAAAAAUUUGGAAGAUGAUUUAGAUGUCCAGGAAUGGCUGAAGUUGACACAGAAUGAAAAUGUAGAAAAUAAAGAGCGAUCAAUCUCUGUUAAUAAUGAUCAAGUUGAAGAAUUUAAGGAUGUGGAUGAACAUAUAAUGGCCACUGAACUGAAAUCGGUUCUGAAAAUCUCUACCACCAAAGACACCAGUUUGCGUACAGAGUGGGCCGAAAUGUUAGAUAUAUCCCAGCCGAUAACAGACUUUAAAGAGAAAAUACCCUGUCCCGCCAUGACAUACCCCUUUGAGUUGGACACCUUCCAAAAACAGGCCAUUUUGAAGCUAGAGGAAAGACAAUAUGUGUUCGUGGCGGCUCAUACUUCAGCCGGUAAAACUGUGGUGGCCGAAUAUGCUAUAGCUUUGUCGCAAAGAGAUUUGACACGCACCAUCUACACCUCACCUAUUAAGGCCUUAUCCAAUCAAAAAUAUCGUGACUUCAAAAAGACAUUCAAAGAUGUUGGUCUCAUAACGGGCGAUCUCCAAAUUGAUUCUACUGCCACUUGUCUGAUAAUGACCACAGAAAUUCUGAGAUCUCUGCUUUAUUGUGGCAGUGAUAUUACACGCGAUCUUGAGUAUGUCAUAUUUGAUGAGGUACACUAUAUAAAUGAUCCCGAUCGUGGUCAUGUUUGGGAAGAGGUUAUUAUAUUGUUACCCGAUCAUGUCAAUAUUAUAAUGUUAUCGGCCACUGUACCAAAUACAAUGGAAUUGGCUGAUUGGGUAGGCAGUACUAAAAAACGCAAGGUCUAUGUGAUAAGCACUUUAAAACGACCAGUACCAUUAAUGCAUUAUCUAUAUACGGGAUCUGGAGGCAAAAGUAAAGAUGAUAUUUUUCUGUUGGUCGACGAACAUGGUCGUUUUAUACAGCAAGGCUAUGAAAAGGCUGUCGAGAGGAAGGAGGCCAUGCAAAGUAAAACUAAAAGGAUGGGUGGAGGUUCGGGCGCUAAAAAUCAGUCAACCACACCGAAACAGGAUCAAAAUACUUGGAUUGGUUUGAUUGAUUUCCUUAAACGUAAUGACAAAAUGCCUGUGGUUGCAUUCACCCUGUCGAGAAAUCGUUGUGAUAGGAAUGCUGUGGCUCUUCAAUCUAUUGAUUUAAAUACAGCACGCGAAAGAGGUUCCGUUGAAAUGUUCUUCCAACAAUGUUUGUCGAAGCUCAAACCACCAGAUCGUGUUUUGCCACAGGUUUUGACACUAAAAGAUUCUCUCGGCCGCGGCAUUGGUGUACAUCACAGCGGAAUUUUACCAAUACUCAAAGAAAUUGUGGAAAUGCUGUUCCAAGCUGGUCUUGUUAAACUCCUCUUCGCCACCGAAACUUUCGCUAUGGGCGUUAAUAUGCCAGCCCGAACAGUUAUAUUUGAUUCUCAUCGUAAAUUCGAUGGCCUCGAAGUUCGAAACCUUAAACCAGGCGAAUACAUACAAAUGGCUGGUCGAGCCGGUCGCAGAGGUCACGAUAAAAAUGGUUGCGUUAUUCUGCUGUGCAAGACGAGCGUUCCUCCAGUACAGGAUUUACGUUCUAUGAUUUUGGGCAAACCAGAAAAAUUAGAAUCACAAUUUAUUUUGCGUUAUGCCGUCAUAUUGACAUGUCUACGUAUUGAAAGCAUUAAGGUAGAGGAUAUUAUGAAAUAUUCCUUUAAAGAGUUCAAUCAGAAACUGCAGUUGCCUGCGCAACAAAAACAACUGGAAGUGGCUCAAAAUAAGUUUUCACAAAUGCCUGAAUUGGGUGAGCAUCUACAGAAACUAUCAAAGUUUUAUGAUUUGGCCUGGGAGUAUAUAACAGAAAAACAAAGACUUAUGAAAUUUUUAAUAGCUCAACCUAAAAUUGUGAAAGAGCUUAAAGUAGGCCGUAUUGUAGUGGUGACCAAAGGCAAACACUAUAAUAAAUUGGGCGUGAUUUUGUCGAUUAAAUCUGUAGUGGGCAAAGAUGCAGUCUAUCGUGUUUUAGUAUUAGAUCAUCAAUUUAAAACGGAACACAAGGACGAUUUUCAACGUGGUGAUAUGUACUAUAAAAUGGUUUCUCUUACACCCCAGAAUAAAUUCUAUCACCCCGAAGGUAUUGGAGGUCAUAUUAUACUCGAUUUAAAAGCAGCUGAUUUUGUUGAAAUUACCAAAUCUUCAAUGAAAAUUGAAGCUGACAUUGUUAUACGCAAUUGGGAACAACGACAAAUUGAGCGCUUUAAGGAUUCACCACCUACCAGUACGGUGGUCAAAGUAGUUUCGGAAUUACAUCAAAUAAAUGAAAACUAUAUACAAAAUCCCGAUAUUUUAAAAUUUAUCAAUAUGUCGAAGGAAAUCAACGUGAAUGCCGACACCGAAAUGGCCCAAAUACGUUAUUUGGAACAUGUAUGGCGGCAAUUGCAAGAGGUCUUACCACAUACAAAUAUUGCGGGUUUCGAACAAGAAUUUGCAACCGUCUACGAGCGUAAAAUACUAGAGCAACGCAUUGAAGAAUUGAAAUUUAAAAAUUCUACAAAAAAUCUCUCUUUAUAUCCGGACUACUGCAAAAAGUUGGAUGUUUUGAGAGCUUUAAAGUACAUAGAUGAAUCGGAUGAAGUGACUCUCAAGGGUAAGGUGGCCUGUGAAAUGGGUCAAAAUGAAUUGUUGAUAACCGAGUUAAUACUUUGUAAUUUGUUUAAUGACCUUGAGCCAGCCGAAAUAGCAGCCUUAUUGUCUGGCUUAGUGUUUCAAGCAAAAAUCCAGGGUGAACCAGUUAUACCCGAAAAACUGAAAAAGUGUGUUAAAGAAUUUGAAGAAAUCAAUGACAACAUUCUGGGUGAAGAGCUGAGACGUCAGGCUGUGUCUGAAUCUGAAGAUCGCUUGAAUUUUGGUCUACUCGAAGUCGUUUAUGAAUGGGCUCGCAAUAAGCCAUUUGCUGAAAUAAUGAAACUUACUGAAGUCCAAGAGGGUAUUAUUGUUCGUUGCAUUCAGCAAUUAGAUGAAACAUUACGAGAUGUUAAAACCGCUGCCAUACGCAUUGGUAAUCCAGAUUUGCAAAGUAAAAUGGAGGAGGCUUCGAAUGCCAUUAAACGUGACAUUGUAUUUACGGCCAGUUUGUAUACAACAUUUUAACAGUUGUUUGCAAAUGGUGGGUGAGUUUAUUUGCAUAAAAAUAAUUUUAAAUUUAAAUAUGUAAUUGCUUAAUGCAAUAAAUUGUAUUUUUUUUAUAAAACGAAA